AUGAUUGAUCAAGAUACAAGUCCCUUCAAGGUUCCGUUCUCCAGUAUUCACAAGGAUCCGGUCCCCUUCAACCACCCCAAACGGGCAGGGUUCAUCCCGGGAGAGCCCAUCGAUGUGAAGAUCAUUGAUGUAGAGAGGAGCUACAGAAGGAAACCACUCAACCCUAACCUGUACACCAUCAACCUGCAGCAUGGUGAGCACAACUGGACCAUCAAGCGCAGAUAUAAACACUUCAGACAGCUUCACGAGGCCAUCUUGCUGUUUAAGGCAUCACUGCAUGUCCCUGUACCAACUGCAAGACAAAGGGAGAAAAGAAAAAGUGUGAAGGGGCAGCCGAGGAAGCUCCCGAAACUCCCCAAAACUCCAGAUGCGCUCAUCACAGGAGCUCGCCUCAACAGGAGGAUGGAACAACUUGAAAUCUAUCUCCAGAGACUGGUGAACAUCAGGACAUUCAGGAACCUGGAGCCCACUCUGAAGUUUCUUGAAGUCAGUCACUUGUCAUUUGUCAAGAAUCUUGGCAGUAAGGGAAAGGAGGGAGUUAUCCAGAAGUACCCAGGAGGACACAAGCACUUCCACGGCUGCUGUAACCCGUGUGGCUUCUCAUUCGCCAUGCUCGGCAGUCGCAACAAGAGGUGGUUCCUGGUGAAAGAUUCGUUUGUGGCGUACGUCCGACCGGAGGACGGUAGAGUGGCAGACGUGCUGCUGUUUGAUCAGGAGUUCAGCGUGAAGUCAGGGCGUGAGGAGACUGGUCUUCGCAACGGUCUCGUCAUGUCCAACUUCUCCAGGCGCUUGCUGGUGGAGUGUUGGACGGCCCGUAAGCUGGAAGAGUGGAAGCGUGGAAUAGAACUGACGAUGAAGCGUUACGGGCGGGACUUCACGCGGUGGAACAGGUUCAACUCAUUCGCACCAGUCAGGACCGACACACAGGCGCAAUGGUUUGUAGAUGGAGCCUCCUACAUGGCUGCUGUUGCUGAAGGCUUGGAGGCUGCAAGGGAGGAAAUCUUUAUCUCUGACUGGUGGUUGAGUCCAGAGAUCUACCUCAUUCGACCUGUGGCUGCAGAGGGUGAGAAAUGGAGGCUGGACCAAGUCCUGAAGAGGAAAGCGGAGGAAGGAGUGAAGGUCUUUGUCCUGCUGUACAAAGAGGUUGAGCUGGCCAUUGGUCUAAACAGCCUCUACAGCAAAACAACUCUGCUCAACCUACAUCCAAACGUCAAGGUGCUGCGUCACCCAGACCAUAUGCCAGGUGGCAUCUUCCUCUGGGCCCACCAUGAGAAAGUGGUGGUUGUGGACCAGUCCAUUGCAUUCCUAGGGGGUAUUGACUUGUGCUACGGACGUUGGGAUGAUUACCUCCACAGAUUGGCUGAUCUUGGAUCUGCAAGACUUGAGCAACAAACAGACAUCACAUCUUCGUCACAGAAACAGACAGACAGCGGGGGACAAAAUGACCGCAUAGUGACUCAGACCCCUGACAACCAACCCAGGAAACCCCACAUCUCCUUCCUCGACACUGAAGAAGAAGGUCCGGAAAACCCCGAAAUCAACCUCGUCACCCCAAACGGUGGAACGGGCGACCUUCAAAUCGACAACUCCUUGGAAAAUGUGGGUUUCUGUAAUGAAGAUGCUGUCAAGGUCGAAAUUCCCGCUGAAUCUCCGGAAAAUAACAAUGAAAUAGUGGAUGGAAAGACACCAGAAAGUGAAAACACACAAGAACAAGAUGAAGUCGAUGGAACAACAGAAGAAGAUGAAAGCACCAAAGCACUUUUGACCACAGGAGAAACAGAAAACACACAAAGUGCUACUGCAGACCAAAAUGCCAAAAAUGCAGAAAACACAGACCAAAGUACCAAGAGGAAGAAACCAGUGGGGAUUUUGAAGCUUCCAUCCAUUGACCAGCCAACAACACAAGAGGAGUCCAUUCCUGUCAGACUGCAACAUACAAACAGCUACAGUGCUGGUAUGAACAAGCUCCCAGGUAUGGAGGGUGAAGCCAAGUUGUGGGUAGGGAAGGAUUACGUGAACUUCAUCGCCAAGGACUUUGUUGAGUUGGAGAGGCCCUUUUCUGAUUUCAUAGAUCGCACCACCGUUCCGCGCAUGCCCUGGCACGACAUUGGAGCAAUGGUUUAUGGGAAGGCCGCCCGGGACGUUGCCAGGCACUUCAUACAGAGAUGGAACGCCGCAAAGGUGGAGAAGGCCAAGACUAACCCCACCUACCAGAUGCUGCUGCCCAGGUCGUAUGAGGAGUUCCCUACUCCCAGGGUGGUACAGAGCACCACUCGCUGUGACUGCCAGAUCCUGCGGUCGUCCAGUAAGUGGUCAGCUGGUAUCUCGAGGACAGAGAAGUCCAUCUACGAGGCGUACCUGUGGUCCAUCCAGCAGGCUCAACACUACAUCUACAUCGAGAACCAGUUCUUCAUCAGCUGUCUACAGGAUAACCCUUAUGUACAUAACGAGAUCGUCAAGGCAGUCUUCGACAAGAUUGUGGAGUGUGAGAAGAAAGGAAAGAACUUCCGUGUGUACGUUGUCCUGCCCCUGCUGCCAGGUUUCCCCGGUGAGAUUGGCACAGCGACAGGCCUGGCUAUCCAGGCUGUGUUCCACUGGAACUUCACCACCAUGUGUAAAGGGGAGAACUCACUAAUGAGCAGACUCUCCAAGGAGGUGAGAGACCCGUACUCCUACGUGUCGUUCUGCGGUCUGCGUACGCACACGGAGCUGAACGGGACCCCCGUCAGCGAGAUGGUGUACGUCCACUCCAAGAUGAUGAUCGUGGACGACAGAAUCGCCAUCAUCGGUUCCGCCAACAUCAACGACCGCAGCAUGAUCGGGGAGAAGGACAGCGAGAUGGCGGUCAUCGUCAUAGAUACGGUGACGAAACCGUCGCGUAUGGACGGGGAGGAGUAUCAGGCGGGGGCGUUUGCUUCUGAGCUCAGGAAAAGGUGCUUCAGAGAGCACCUGGGGCUAAUGGAGGGGGACCAGGGCAUUGACCUUGACGACAUCGUCUCUUCCGAGUUCUUCAAAGAUGUCUGGGUGAAAACAGCGGCCAUCAACACCAAGAUAUAUGAUGAUGUCUUCCACUGCAUUCCCACGGACCGCGCUACAACAUUCCAGUCGCUGAACCGGUACAAGCAGACAGACGGUCUGGUCGUCACGGAUACGGCCGAGGCUCGGCGAGAGCUGGCGCGCGUGAAGGGAAACCUGGUCCUCCAGCCUCUCAUGUUCCUGAACCAGGAGGAACUGUCUCCCGCUCUUCUCACCAAGGAAGGCAUGGCACCUACCGAACUAUGGACUUAAAGCGAUACUAUGUAAGAUUUUUGCGCCAAAACUGUAAAUAUGAAUAAUUGAAAUUUUAUGAUCUAGAUUGUCAUUUACAAUAACUUUCAACAUGUUAGUGUCGCUAUUUCGCUUUUCUGGAGAAUAAGUUGUGCCAGGCCUGCUGUAUUUUCAAGAGGCUCCUAAAAAGAAUAUAAACAAACGGUUUUCGUUUGGGUAUCUUCAGCAGUCCAACACGAUUAUGUGGCACAACAACAUGGAUCUUUUACUCCCCAAAUGUCAUUGAAUGGCGCAAGAAAAUGUGUAAAACAACAAUGUUUAAAAUAGAGAAAAUCUUACAUGAUAUCACUUUAACAAGGAAGGAUUUCAAGCUUCCAGGAAGUAUUUUAGGUCUUCCUGGAACAGGCAAUUAACCGAAGGAUUUUUUAUGACAUACUAGUAAUCUGAACCAGUUCUGCUGGCUCUUGAUCAGACUCUGUGACCUUGAAGUUCGCCUCCUGUUAUGUUGCCUGUCAAUCUUUGCUCCCACCUACUUUGUCCAGACACAAAACACACAAACUCACAAUGCCACAUGUACCACUCAAAACAAUACUUGCGCACCCGAUUGAGAGAUGAUUAUUGAAUAAUGGCCCAACCAAACUGUGGACUUAAAGCGAUACUAUGUAAGAUUUUUGCGCCGAAACUGUAAAUAUGAAAUUUUAUGAUCUAGAUUGUCAUUUUCGAUAACCUUCAACAUGUUAGUGUUGCUAUUUCGCUUUUCCGAAGACUCAGCGCAGUGCAAGAAUAAGUUGCGUCAGGCCCGCUGUAUUUUCAGGAGGCUCCUAAAAAGAAUGUAAACAGACAGAUGACAACAAACAUGGCUGUUAUCUGUGGAGCUGGCAGUUUUACAACAAGUUUUUGCGGCUCAACGACGUUGAUCAUUUACUUCCCAAAUGUCAUAUUGAUUGUGAACCCUGGUAGGCUUAUAUGUGUAGUACAAGGAGAUUUGUAAAUCAACUAUGUUUAAAAUAGUGAAAAUCUUACAUGAUACUGC